CACAGUAACAUAGCAAAUCCGCUAAAAGUGUCAAACUUUACACGCUCAUAACUUUUUAACCAUUGGAUUCUUAAAGUUAAGCCUUGCAUUUUCAGAUUCUACGCAUCAAAAACUAUAGAUUAAAAAAAAAAAAUGUCGAAAAUUUUGGGUCCGGUAAAGUAAAGUUUAACCCCCAAUUUUCAUCCAUUCGUCAACAUUAUUGUUUUCAAUGAUAACCAACAUAUUCUAUGAAAUAUAUCUCCAUGUGACCUUACAAAACCGGUGGCCGUUGGCGCCGGGAGUUGGGGUUCCAGACGAAAACAAAGGCAUGUCCAGUCAUACCGACUGCCACAGGAUCAAUCAAUAAAAUGCAAAGUAGAAUAAAGCGACAGUGAAAUGGAUUUGUCACGUGCAUUACAACUUGUAAUAUCCAAGUUGAAAGAUACAUGUAUUUCAAGGGAGAAGUUACAACGUGAAGACGAAGUGAUUAUACAAUUGCGAAACAAUGAAAAUCUAAUGAAACGCAUACACUUAUUGUUGGAAGGCUAUUAUGACAAGAGAGAUUUAAAAUCUGUGGAUUUGGGAAAGUCUUACAGGAAGAAAGGAAAUGAUCGGUUCCAAAAGAAACAUUACACUGAAAGUAUUAAAUCUUACACAUUGUGUGCAUUGUACAGUCCUCCAAGCAGUAAUGAACUGUCAAUUGCAUAUGCAAAUAGAUCUGCCUGUUUAUUUUAUUUAAAUAGAUACAAUGAUUGUAUAAAUGAUAUCAAAUUAGCACUGAACUUAAAUUAUCCUAUAAAUUGGUGUUACAAGAUCUAUUUGCGCGCAGCUCAAUGUUAUUUGAAAUUAGGCAAGAGGCAAUUAGCAGAAGAAAUGUUAUUUAAAGUACAAGAAAUGAUUAAUAAUCCAGACUACAUUGUUGCUGCAAUGAAAGAUCAUAUUAAGAAAAAGAUUUCUGAAAUAACACUCUCUGACUCAAGUAUAGAACCUAAUGAACAAAAGAGUAAUGGUUUAUCAAAAAUAAAAUCUCAAAUUAAGUUUGAAGAAAAUGAGAAUUUUUCGAAUGCAUCAAGUAGUAUAGAUAAAAAGUAUAACGAAGAAGUAGGGAGACAUGUGGUAGCAAAUAGGAUGAUAAAAAGGGGUGAAAUUCUUUUCUUAGAAAAGCCUGUAAGUUUUGUAUCAGUGAACUUUGAUGGGUUGAGCGAUUAUUGCCAUCAUUGCAAUUGUUUAACUAGAGAUGUUCCUGUUCCGUGUAAAAAUUGUUUGAAUACUUGUUACUGUAGCGAAGAAUGUUUAAGCGAAGCAUGGUCAUUGUACCAUAUGUGGGAAUGCGUAGCAAGCCAAAUGGGUUUAUUGAAGAACAUUGGAAUAGGACGUUUAGCGUUGAAAGUUCUACUUACUUGUUCAACUAUGACUGAUACAGUCAGAUUUAAUGAAAUGCAUAGCUUACUUACCCAUUUUAAUAAAAUUCCUGUGGAUGAUUUAAUAGACUAUGGGGUUACAGCUCUUGUGCUUACUAUAUAUUUGUCGAAAUACACCGAUUUCUUUAAAUUGCCUCUUGAAGAAUUUUUAAUGAACAAAUUUUUUGAUGAUCCGCUUAAAUCAGUUCGUGAUGACAAACAACUUUAUGUUGCUUCUUUACUCUUAAAACAUAUUCUUCAACUUGUUGCUAAUGCGCAUGCAAUUUCAAGUUCAAAUACAUUGUUAAGUCACAAUACGGAAGAUAUUGUGGCAUCAGGAAUUUACCCUUCUACGAGUAUGAUGAACCAUUCUUGUAAUCCUAAUAUUAUUACUAUUUUCAUGGAUCAAUAUAUCAUUAUUAAAGCUGCGACAGAUAUUUUAGCAGAUGAAGAAGUUUUUAUUUCUUAUGGUCCACAUUUCAGACAUAUGGAAAUGGAGAAAAGACAGGAAAUUUUAAAAAGUCAGUUUCAUUUUACUUGUAAAUGUAAGCCUUGUACUUCAUUGAAAUCCUGUAAAUCAAAAGACAUUGAAAGGGUAUUUUGUCUCCAAAAUAUGGAUUGGCAAAAUAAAGAACCAUUGAUAAAUAUUAUGACUGCUGCGACUAAAGUACAUAUGGAAAGUGGUCAAAUAGAAGAGGGUGUAGCAUGUAUGGAUAGAACAAUUGCCAUAGCGAAGGGAAGAUAUAGGUUUUUUCAUACAAAACUUCUUAUUACAUUAAAUACUUUUGCAGAUCUGUGUCUUGAAUAUUUACAAAUAUUAAAUACUAAUAACACGUACAAAAUUGUACAAAAACAUGCUGAAGAAUAUUUAAAUGAAAUGGAAAAAAUGGUAAAUUGGAAUUAUGGAUCUUGGAGUAAAAUUUAUGAAGAUGUAAAAAUAAAACAAGAAAAAAUUGUUCCUGUUCAUAAACGUUUUAACAUGUAAUUGUACGAUUUAUAAUUUAAUUAUAUAAAAGUAUUAUUUC